AUGGGAAAGCCUAACUUAACAGAAAUAUUUCGUUCUUUUUUGUACAUUUUCUUUUGCAUUCUAAGUUUAAGAAACCUUUUAUACGAUAUUUCUUCGUUAAAUCUGCUCAACGCAUUUUUACACAAUAACAUGUUACAAUUCGGCUGGUUACCUUGGUCAGAGUGGAGUCAGUGUUCCGGUAGCUGUGGUGAUGGCAUGAAAACGAGGCAAAGGACAUGUCAGAACGCCGCUAUGUCUCACCUCUUAGGAAAUUGCACCGGCCAGAAUGUUGAGCUGGUUCAAUGCAGCCAAUGGAACUGCUCAGCAACAGUACUGUUUCGAGCGCGGGAAGUCGCUGAUUACACCCUGUCAACUAUUAACCAGACAAUCAUCUUCUCCGAAAUGCUAUUCAAUGUUGGGGAAGGGUACAAUUCCUCAACGGGAAAAUUUACAGCACCAGUCACGGGUAUCUACCUGUUCACUGUUAACCUGUGUCCUUUACGAUCUGGAUAUAUAUUCUACGCCGUUGUGGCCAAGGAAGACGUGGUGGCAAAUGGACAUUCGUUCAAUGUUUCCGGCUACAAUUGUGUUUCCGGAAACACCAUCGUGCAGAUUAACGCCAAUGACAUAGUCUACGUCAAAUCCACAUACAAUCUGGACAAACUGUUGCACAAUGAACUUCAUGAUCGUUAUGACGCAAAAUCGAAUUCCUUUUCAGGCGUCCUUCUUCAUUAA